AAAAACCAAGAUUAGAUAAUAUUCCAUACAUUUUGAUCAGGCAGGUGGCAAAAUAUAAAUUAUAUUGCACAAAAUGACUCGCCUAAUAUUAGUUUCAGUUGCCCUUGCAAUAAUUUUUGCAAACAAUGUCCUGAGUGAUUCUCAGCGAUGCUAUUGGUGUUCGUCUAUAGCUGGAGCCCCAUUUUGUGAUGCCGUCUUAGACCCCUCCACCUCCGGGGCACAGUCCUGGGUGACCGAGGAAACUUGCGGAAAUAGUACCAGUCACGUUUGCGUGAUUGUGAAAUUGAAUGCUACGGAAGCCUAUAUUUAUGAAAGACAUUGUGCGGAAGCUACUAGAGACGGCAAGGAAUUUUGCGAAUAUGUCGUCGAUGAUCUUGACGCCAAUUCUACUUUGGUGGAAUGUAAAACUUGUGACACUGAUUUAUGUAAUACGGUUUUGUAGAUAGAUUGUAUCAAAUUUGAAUUUAAAUAAAGUAAUUGUACUGUUUGAA